CAGCAGCGGCGGCGGCGGCAGGUAGGGUCGGGCGGGGCGGGGGCCCGCUCCCCCGGCCAUGGCUCAGACGGAGCCCCCGAAGGCGGUGCGGCUGUGGCGCGACGCCGCCCUGCGCGCACGGAAGCUGCGGGACGGCCCUGGCGAGCCCGAGCCCGAGCCGGACGCGGGGCCGCCGGGGGGGCCGCCGCCGCCCCCCGGUGCCGCCGCUCCUCGCCGCCCGUCCCUGGCGGCGGCGGCGCUGGGGGAGCUGGAGGCGCUGAACCUGAGCGGGCGGGGGCUGGAGGAGCUGCCCGAGGAGGUAGGCGCCGCCCUGAGCGGGCUGCGGGUGCUCAGCCUGCGGCGCAACCGGCUGGGCCGCCUGCCCGCCGCCGCCCUGCGCCACCUGGGCCGCCUGGCCGAGCUCGACCUCAGCCACAACCGGCUGCGGGGCCUGGGGGACGGCGGGGCGCUGGCGGGGCUGCGGGGCCUGCGCAAGCUCAGCCUCAGCCACAACGAACUGGGCGCCGAGGGCCCGGGGCUGCCCCCCCGCCUCGCCGAGCUGGGCUGCCUCGAGGAGCUCGACCUCAGCUUCAACCGCCUGCGCCGCCUGCCCGAGGGCCUGGGCCGUCUGCGGCACCUCCGCACCCUCGACGUCGACCAUAACCUGCUGCCCUCCUUCCCUGCCCCGCUGCUGGAGCUGGCCGCUCUGGAGGAGCUCGACUGUUCCGGCAACCGCCACCUCGGGGCCCUGCCCGAGGGCAUCGCUGCCCUCCGCCGCCUCAAGAUCCUCUGGCUCAGCGGCACCGGGCUGGCAUCCCUGCCAGAGGGCCUCUGUCAGCUGAGUGCCCUCGAGAGCCUCAUGCUGGAUGGCAACCGGCUGCAGGCGCUGCCCGCUGGCUUUGGCAGACUACAGCGGCUCAAGAUGCUGAACCUCUCCUCCAACCUGCUGGGGGAGUUCCCCUCUGCCAUCUUGGCGCUGCCCAGUCUAGAGGAGCUCUACCUGAGCCGCAACCAGCUCACCGUGCUGCCCCCUCACCUCUGUCAGCUCCACCAGCUCCGCACUCUCUGGCUGGACAACAACCGCAUCCGCUACCUGCCUGACUCCAUCGUGCUCCUCCACAGCCUGGAGGAGCUGGUCCUGCAAGGCAACCAGAUCGCCAUCCUGCCUGAGGGCUUCGGGCAGCUUUCCCGUGUCACCCUGUGGAAGAUCAAAGACAACCCCCUCAUCCAGCCCCCCUACGAGGUGUGCAUGAAAGGCAUCCCCUACAUCGCAGCUUACCAGCAGGAGCUGGCCCACUCCCAGCCUGCCCUCAAACCCCGCCUCAAGCUGGUCCUCAUGGGCCUAAAGGAUGCAGGAAAGACCCUGCUGAGACGGUGCCUCAUGGAGGAAAAUGGGCAGAGAGAGGACAUGGGAAGCCUGGAGGCAGGGAGCACCCAGCACAGAGGGUUUCCUGGGCAGCAGCAGGACAUUGGGAGGGUGACAGUUGGGUGUUGCCCCUUUCCAGAGCCUCAAGACAGUUCCUCAACUCGGGUACCUGUCAUGCAGCAGGUGGAAUGUCUCCCUGUUGAGCGGCAGGAUAUCCCUUCUCGUGUGCCCUCUCACCGAGCAAAAGGGGAGACACCAUCCCCUGCACUGUCACUGCCAUCCAGUGCCCCCCAAGUACCACUGGGACUAGGACUAUCAGGAGGCAGUAAGGGCAUCGAGGUGAUGGACUGGACAGCGGAUGCAGAGAGGGGCCUGACAUUUAUUGUGUACGAGCUGGCAGGGGACCCAAGCUAUGAUGUGAUCCAGUCUUUCUUCCUCUCUCCUGGAGCCUUGUACGUGCUGGUGGUGAAUUUGAGUGCCUACGUCCCUCAGCACUUCUACCCCUCUGUGGGCUAUUUCUUACACUGGCUCAGUUCCAAGGUGCCCCAUGCUGUGGUGUGCAUGGUGGGAACCCAUGCCGACCUCUGUGCGGAGCGGGAGUUGGAAGAGAAGUGCCUGGACAUCCAUCACCAGAUCGCUCAGCAGGAGAAGAGGGAUGCUGAGGGACUCCAGAGCUUAGUCCAGCAGGUGGAUGAGGCUCUGGGACAGGACUUUGACCUGCGCUGCUCCAGCCCACACGCUGCCUUUUAUGGAGUCUCAGACAAGAACUUGCGGCGAAAGAAGGCCCAGUUUCAGUAUCUUCUCAACCACCGCCCACAGAUCCUCUCUCCAGUGCUGCCUUUCAGCUGCCAGGACCGUUGCCAGGUGCGUCGCCUGCGGGACAAGCUCCUCUCGGUGGCUGAGCACCGGGAUAUCUUCCCAAACCUGCACCGGGUGUUGCCCAAGUCCUGGCAAGUGCUGGAGGAACUGCACUUCCAGCCACAAGCUCAGCAGUUGUGGCUUAGCUGGUGGGACUCUGCCCGACUGGGCUUGCAGGCAGGCCUGACGGAGGAUCGGCUCCAGAGUGCCCUGUCCUACCUGCACGAGAGUGGAAAGCUGCUCUACUUUGAGGAGCAUCUCACCUUGCGGGAGUAUGUGUUCCACAACCUGCCACGGCUCAUUGACAUCCUCAAUGUCUUUUGCCAGCGGGAUGCCACCGUGCUGCUACAGAAACUGCUCAGUGACACCCAGAUUGACGAACUGAGGAUCACUCAGCUCCAUCAUUACGUGGAGGGCUUCUUGCUGCAUGGCCUCCUUCCUGCCCAUGUUAUCCGUCUCCUUCUUAAGCCCCACAUCCAGAGCCGGGAGGAUCUGCAGCUCAUUCUGGAGCUGCUGGAGAAGAUGGGGCUAUGUUACUGUGUCAACAAACCCAAAUGCAAGCCCUUAAAUGGGGCAGCUGCUUGGUACAAGUUUCCCUGUUACGUGAAAAACGAGGUGCCCCAUGCAGAGGCGUGGAUCAAUGGCACCAAUCUGAGCGGACAGUCCUUCGUGGUGGAGCAGCUGCAGAUUGAAUAUAGCUUUCCAUUCAUUUUCCCACCCGGCUUGUUUGCACGCUACAGUGUCCAGAUUAACAGCCACGUGGUUCAGCGGUCGGAUGGCAAAUACCAGAUUUAUGCCUACCGGGGAAAGGUGCCUGUGGUGGUGAGCUACCGGCCUGCCAGGGGAGCUCUGCAGCCAGACACUCUGUCUAUCGCUAGUCAUGCGUCCCUACCAAAUAUCUGGACAGCUUGGCAAGCUAUUACGCCUUUAGUGGAAGAACUGAAUGUCCUGCUCCAGGAAUGGCCGGGCCUGUACUACACUGUGCAUGUCCUCUGUUCAAAGUGCCUUAAAAGAGGGUCACCCAACCCACACACUUUUCCAGGAGAACUGCUGAGUCAGCCGAGACCAGAGGGACUGACGGAGAUCAUCUGUCCCAAGAACGGCAGCGAGCGAGUUAAUGUUGCCUUGGUUUACCCCCCCACUCCUACUGUGAUCAGCCCUUGUUCCAAGUGAGACCAGAAAGCAGACCUAUUCCCCUAUAAACCGUCAGUGCUGGUGCCAAAGGUUUUCCACCGGGCAGAACAUGGCUGAUGCUCUGCAGUGCUCCCAUGGAGUUGGUGCUGACGGAGAUCAAUGGGACUUUGGACUCUGAAAUGCUGUGGGGCAGGGCAGCUCCCAGGUGGGGGCUUCGUGGCUGGAGUGGAGUCAUCUGGAGGUUGGGGAUGACAAGGCAUGAAGGAAAAUGAUUGCUGCAGAUGGCAGGGCCGCUGGCCAGAGGGAAAGCACUGGGGAUAGGUUUCUGUGGACCCACUGAUCGCGUGUUGAAAACCCAUUUGGAUCUCAUGAUGAAUGUAAAAAUGUUCUUGGUAUACCAUUUAAUUCAGACCUGCUUGGAGGAAAGUCUCUUGAAAUGAGCUGUAGCGGGAUUCCCUGGAUUUGUUCCUGGACAAGUGAGUUUUGUGGCAGUUGGCCAAGGCUUUGCCAGGGAGUGGGUUGGUACUGUGAAGCCUUUAAAAUUGCUCCACCACAAAACAGUUGGCUGUGUCCCAUGCAGCAAUCUUGGGCCGAGGCUGGCACAGCAGGAGGAGAAGCAGGCUGGGAAAUGUUUCCUGCCCUGUGCGUUCACAUACGUUGUGCCAUGAAGUGGUGAGGAUGUGCUAUGAUCAUGCAGGGAUGAAAUCAGGGCAGUCAGUGUGCCUCUGGCACAUGCUAUUUCUUAUCCCUAGUCUUACCACUAUCCCUGAACAGCUGCUGGUCUGCCAUGUCUGGAUGCUCUGGUACUGCCAUUGUGGUACUCUCCAUGUAUUGUGUCCACUAGAGUACUAAAAAUCUAGAUCUUGAUCCUCCUCCUAGAAAAGCCACCCAGGCAUCUUUGUGCAGAGAUCUAGUGAAGCAGUGUGUGGCUGUGUGGUACAAACUGAUCCUGAUCUCCUUGGGCUGACCCUGGCAGCCAUGCUUCAUGAGCAGCCAUUUUCCCUCUCCAGAUGUGGGAAAGGGCAGGCUGAGCACUGGCACCAAAGUUCUGGUUUCUCCCCCAGCUAUGUGAUUUUGAGGAUUUAUAAGAUGUUGCUGUUAGUUUGUGCCCUGCAGCUGAGCCCUGGUACCUGUGAGCCCUGCUCCAUGCAAAUAUUUAUUUAGUGUAAAUCAAUAGGAGGCAGGCAUUUUCAGAGCCAGGAUCCGAUCAUCAGAUGCUGGGGGAGGUCUGAGAGAUGAGGGACUUAAAAUACUUGUGUUGAUGUACAGCUCUUAAUUCUUCGGGCUGUGAUGGCAGACCUGGGAUGGCUGGUACAGCUCAGCAGGCAGUGCCCACCAGGAUGUGAGCUGGCCAGGCCUGCAACCACUGCAAGGCAGUGAUGUGUCCUGCUGGAACCUGCUGCUGUUGCACAGGUGAUAUUCCCCUGGUUUCUGAUCCUUCAAAUACCAGCUUUAUGUGCAAGGCUGUAAAUCUUCCCAUUGGCAAGAACUUAAUGCUGGGAAAGCAGGGCAGAAGCUGCUCCAGCAGGGGAUCCAGAGGCCAGGUAGAAGAAAUCAAGCCAUGUACCUUACUUAAGGGGGAAAAGCUGCCAAAUAAAAGCUGGCAGCUCAGUCAGCUUCAUGUCUCUUCAGGGAAUCGUUCCAGCUUGGGAGGGUAGCUUGGUCUCAGAUUUCACAUGUUGACCUGCUACCUCUGGCAAUGAACCUUCUUACGUCAGUGAGACUCAUUAAUUGAUUGUGCUUCUGUGUUGCUGUGGAUAAACUGGAGACUCAAAAUUGUCUGUGGUGGCUGGAGGUGGAAGGGAGGUGAGAUCUUUGAAUGGUGGUCAGGAAUAAUACUAGGAGACUCCCGUGUCCUGAGUCUUGCUGCCCUUGAAACAUGCCUGGUACAGGCAGAACUUGUGUUAGAGCAUUCCCUACUGUCACCUCCCGUGCUGGGUGGCCUUCUCCUCCUGUUUUGCUGCUACUCACCUCUCUUUCCAUUCUCCAUAGGAAGAAACUAGCGAUUUGUUGCUGUGAAGUUGCGUGGAAACCACAUUGUAAAGAAACCACAAACUGGAAUCCUUUUCCAGCCGGAGGCCUGUUUCCCAGUGUGCCCAUCUGGUCUGGGAUGCGUGAGCAUUGAAGGAGUGAGAGGACAGAGCAGACGUCUUACAGCCUGCUCCUUGGGACCGCAGCCCUCCUGCCAGGGUGUGCCACCUCCGUGGGAGCAUUCCCUGGCCUUUGCAGGCACUCAGUCUGCUGCUGUGCACUGAAGCCGUAAUGCCGGGAGUGUGGCAGUAUGGAGAUCAGUCUAGUUGGGUCUAUUUAAUAUGAAACAGUGAUUGCUCAUCCACCCACUGUUUAGUAACUGGUGUAACUGUGUUUUCAUCUGAAUUUUUUUAAUAUGCAAAAGCCAUUUAAUUUUCUAUGCAGUUCAGAAACAUCUCCCCUUUGCAAUUGCCAGGUGGGAGAUCCAUACAGGAGAACCAAACCAAGCAGCUCACAGUACUUUUGAUUUUGCUGUCGCUGUCUUUUAAGGAUGCGUCCUGGGAUCCUUAUACAGUGUCCCUUUGCUGAGCUCCUGCCUCAGACCUCACUUAAUAUCCCUGAGCCCCAGGGAUGAGGGCCCUGUAUUUUUGAAGGAUCUGUCAUUUUUCAUGAAUCAAGCUACAAGGAAAGAGGGCCUCAAUGCAGUGCCCUAACAGUAGAUACCUGAGUUCAGAGUAUGUAUUAUGUUCCUGUUUUGUCCCUGCUUGGAGAGUUACCAAACUGUUAGAAAUGACUAAAGCCUCUAUGGAGCACUCUUCAGCCUUUACUGAAGAUGUAUUAUAAAGAGGUCAGAAAGGACUGGGGCAUCAGCUGUCUCCCUGUGGAGCUGACAAUGAAUUUAACUCCUUUGGAAUAGGAGGAGAAUCUCCUGGCAAUCUCCUAGAUGCCUACUUCACUCGAGAUGAUUGUGUUGGUUUUGCUUAUUGGUUUGCAGACCCCUUGCUUGACCACUUUUUGAUUUCCUGCUGAAACUGGUUCAGACAGGUUUGGAAGCAGAGCUGGCAAACUGCUUUGCACUUAAUGACUUUCAGCAGCUGGAAGAUGUCCUGGAGUACCUCAUGUUACGCUCUGAAGCAAAACCUGGGAUUUAAACCUGCACCCGUCCAAGUGAAACUCCCAGGAUAGCAGCUUUGCCUUCUUCUGGGUCUGUGUAACAUGAGGAAUUGCAUGUCCCUAAGCAGCCUACAAAUUGGCAGAGCAAAGAAUGAUGCUGCACAUCUAGGUCAUUUUAGGGCUUACAGGAGUAGUUGGAGACUUCUGGCAGCUGCAGAGGGUCCUGUGUGGUGGGACACCUCUGUUUUAACUGUCCUAUAAGCAAAAAGGUCAGAGAAGUAAGAUUGUUUCCAGCCUGCCACAAGGUCAGGAUGCCUUUGACCAGUCUCCUUUCAUGGCAGUGCUAUUCUUUCUGCAUUGUCUCUGCUCUGAGCUUAGAGGAUUCAGCUUUAACAAGUUAAACUGAAAUAGAGCCUAGAUUGGGAUUUACCCUGCCUUAUGGUCUCUCAAAUCAGAUGGAAGAGACUGGGGGCUGCAGAAGCAUGGGUCAUUUCCCUUGCAGCAUCUCCCAUGCCACAGUUUCAUGGUGGCUUUAAAACCAGUGUAUGUGGGUGCUGCUUUCCCAGGAACUCAAGGUGUGCUUGGCUGUGCUGUAGCACUGGAGCUUAUGUGGGGUCCGUGUUCUCUUCCCUGUUGUACCUCUGAGGCAGUUAAAGUUUGUCAAAGCAGUAGAGGCUCCUCACUGUGAGGAGUUAGAUGCGGUUGUGUCAAAGGGAACUGCAAAUGUUACUUAGGAGCUCACUAAGUGAGUUGAAAAUCCACUGGCUCACUCCUGCAGAGCCAGAUCCCGGAGCUCAGUUCCUCUCGUGCCCUUUGGAUGGGAUCUUGGGCUGGCAUCCUUGGAACAGCAGUGCCGGGAGGUGGAGAUGCUGCACUGCAGUAAGCACAAGAAGAGGCAAGCAGUGUAGCACUCAUCACAUGCUUCAUGGCUCAGUUCAUGGACUCUAAUUGCAGGUAUUCAUAUAAUCUACAUCACUGGGCAGGACUCUGCGCACACACACAUGCAUGCCCAGACAUACAUGCACCACACCCACACUUGCCCACACAUCCUCGCCAAAAUGACUGAAAAUAAAAGUGAUCUCAAUCUC